GCGGCCGGCAUCAUGGCGGCGCAGCGCGGCGUGCGGGCGGAGCGACACUGCUGCGGUGGCCACAGCCGUCGCCACGGCCGCUGACUGCUCAGAGGGCGGCAUGCAGCAACAGCAGCUCCAGCUUUCACCAUGCAUGCGACUCUACAUCUACGGACUUCAUGGCUUUUUGACUGAAAUAAUCUUCACGGCAGCUUGGGAAUACGUCACACAACUUAACUGGAAACUACCAGGUUGUUCCAGUGUGUGGUCUCUCCCCAUCUAUGGAAUUUCUGGACUUGUGAUGGAAAGCAUACUGACUGCUUGCAUGUCUUUCAAAGUACCUAUUCAUAUACGUGGUUUGUGUUAUCUUUUGUGGGUUUAUCUCUGGGAAUUCUCAACAGGAUCCAUCCUGAAAACAUUUGGUGCAUGUCCAUGGGACUACUCAGAAUUUACAUACAAUUUCAGAGGGCUAAUAACAUUUGAAUAUGCUCCUUUAUGGUAUGUUGUUUCUCUGCUGAUGGAGAAAAUCAUAAUCAACAAGGUGCUGCAACUACGGUGGGUGGUCCCACAUAUUCACAAUGGUUCAGCCACAAAGCUGUGUGACUGAGGUCAGUUGUACUGGCUGUUAAGAAAAAUUCAUCCUGUGAAAUAUCUGCCAAAAAUGGGUUGAAGUCCCGUUAAUACCAGAGAUUGGCAGUCUCAUGAAAAACAAACAAAUGUAAUCAAAUACAGUACUUAAACAUUACCUUUUUGAAAACUUUAAGUGUAACGUCAUAGAGCAACUUUAAUACAAAAUUGGCAGCUCUAUGUUGUAAAUAUGGUAUUGUGACAUACGUGUACUUUCUUUCCUGAGAAGAGAAGUGUUUUACUAUGCAAGUGAAGUCAGUAAUCCAUACCUAGAGCAAAUAUUUUAGCUGACCGACAGUAUCUAGUUUGCUUCAAAAAACAAUUUUGUACAAUUCACAUUGGUAUGCUCUUGCUUGAUAGAUUACAGCCUUAAUGCUUCCUCUCAUUGUUUCACUUUCUUUUUUUUUUUUGUGUCUUUAUUGGAGGUAAAUGGUAUUUAUGUCCCACAGGUAGAUAACAUCAUCAUUCCACUUCAGAACUAUACACUCUAUCUAUCAAAUAUUGAUACAGUACAGAUAAAUAUUAAUAAAUUUUCCUAAAAUACAUAAAAUGAAGUUAUAAUAAUUCAAACACAUUUUCACAAUGAUACAAUGAUAAGUAAGUAACAAAGGUUCGAUAUGUAAUGCAACCAUACUACAAAAAAAUAUCAAUACUUUAGCAUUCAGUUUAUAACUAAUGUGCAUAUGCCUUAUCAAUAGCGUAUAACAUAAUUUGCAAGUACAAGUAUUUUAAUUC